GCUCUCGGUCACUAGGCCCCUCCCCCUCCCGUGUGCGGGGCGAUCGGCGGUGGCGCCGCGGUGGAUUGCCCGCUUCGCUGGGAAGAUGGCCGACGUGUCCUCGGCUCUGGCCCGAGAAGGCUGGUGUCUUUCCCAAGAAGGAAUUGAAUCCUGCUCCAGUUCUUCCAGCAAGAGUGAUGUAAAGGAUAUCAUCCGCAUCGCACUAAAUACUGAUUUAAGAACAAUUGGUAAGAAAUUUCUUCCAAAUGACAUCAAUAGUGGACGAGUGGAGAAGCUUGAAGGUCCAUGUGUCUUACAAAUCCAGAAGAUAAGGAAUAUAUCUGCUCCAAAAGAUAAUGAAGAUUCUCAAGCUGCACCACGGAUGUUGCGUGUACAAUUUACAGAUGGGAAUGUGAACUGCAUAGGAGUAGAGUUUAGCCAACUUUCUAAAAUCGGCCUCAAUACCCCACCUGGCACAAAAAUCAAAUGCGUUGGGACUGUUAAAAUCAGAAAUGGAUUUCUGCUGUUGCUGGAUGCCAAUAUUGUCGUCCUUGGUGGUGAAGUGGAUCACUUAAUAGAGAAGUGGGAGUUGCAAAGGAGUUUGGCAAAGUAUAAUCGAAGUAAUAUUGGAACAGAAGGUGGACCACCCCCAUUUGUGCCUUUUGGGCAGAAAUCUGUUCGUGAUCAAGUUGAUGGACGAGACCUUGAUAAGAGGAAAACAUUACAAGUUGUUGGCGCAAAUAAAACCUCAGGUGAUGAUGAAUUUGAGAAGCAAAGGACUGCAGCUAUUGCAGAGAUAUCCAAGAAUAAGGAGGCAAAAACAUUUGGAGGAGGCAGCAGUGCUCGAAGCAAUCUAAAUCCAAUUAAUGCAAGUAACAGAAGUAGGGAGGUCUUCCAAAAGACCCGAGAGGAAAAAUAUACCAGGGGAGAUGGAAAACCUGAUGGAGUAUAUCGAGAAUUGGUUGAUGAGAGAGCUUUACAAAAUAUAAUUGAGAUGGGAUUCAGCAAGGAAGAAGCAAGAGAGGCACUAAUGGAUCAUAGCAACAAUCUUGAAAAUGCAUUAAAUUUUCUUCUCAAUAGCACUAAACCACAACCAACUACCUAUAAUCCACCUUCAAGAGGAAGGGGAAGAGGCAGAGGCAGAUCAAGAGGAGAAGAAGAGGAUGAUUUAACGAGUGCCAGGCCAUCGGCUCCCAGCACAUUGUUUGACUUUCUAGAAUCAAAGAUGAGCUCGUUGAGUGUUGAAGAAUCAAAAAGUCAUCUCCCACAACAGCAGUCAAGUUCUGAUAAAAGUGCUGGUGCUAAGGGCAUUCAUCAGAAGAAUCCAUACUGGAGCAAUGAUAGACAGCAAAAGCAUGACAGACCGCCUCGCUUCCAAAGGGAGAAUCUAUUAGCCAAAAAAAUUCAAGAGAACAGUUGUCCACUCAGGGGUAAGGGCCCUGAGAGGCAGAACUCAAUGGGGUUCAGCCCAUGGUUAGAGGAAGGGAGAAGAGGUGGCAGACCUUAUACUGGUAAUGAGAGACCAGGAGACCAUGGGCAACAAGUAGCACAUUACUCGUAUAAUGAGCCAUCUAGAAAGAGUAAAGUGGAGAGCACUGCAACUAACAAAUUGGGAGAUAGUCUGAGUUUGACAGAAUUUAAAGGGAAUCUGGGUCUAAAAGAUAAUUCAGAUAACAGUUGCCAACUAAGAGGAAAGUAUGAAAACCAGACACAUAAUUAUAAUAUUUGUAGUGAAAGAAAAAGUAUGAAUUUAUCACAAGUGAUGGGUGGUGGAAACCCUGGAAUUGUGAGAAGAGAAAGGGACUUUAGCUCUCACAUUGAAAAUAUUAGUGAACGACAAAUUCCUGAUGACCACAACAUAUCAAAUGGACAGGCAGAAUAUCCUCCUCCAAGAAAAAGAACAGGACCUAUAAAAUCCACAGAACCUAGUCGGCCAAAAUCUACCGAAUAUUCUCAGAGCAAUAACGGAAUUUACGAAUUAGAUUCAAAGAAAAGAACUGGACUGAUUAAACGAGAAAAAACGUGGGAACGAUCUUAUGAAACUGUUGAUCCUUCUUCAACAAUGUCAAGUAAAUCACAAUUUACUGAUUGGAGACCAGGAGAUCCAUGCCUAGCCCUCUACUGGGAAGAUAAUAAGUUUUACCGAGCAGUCAUCAAAGCAGUUCAUCCCUCGGGGGCGACAGCAGUUGUUGUCUUCAGAGGCUAUGGAAACUAUGAGGAAGUGCUUCUAAGAAAUAUUAAGCCAGUUCAUGAUGAAUUCAGGGAAGAGGAGGACGAAUCAUUUGAAAGCACACUAGAAUUUCGCCCUGGUGGGGAUGGCCAGCCAAGACGCUCAACAAGACCUACUCAACCUUAUUAUAAACCGCCUGGAGCAAGAAGAUGAUGUACACAUGGAAAAGGGAUUGCAGCCACACAGCCUGGUUUCAGCUGCUUCUGUUUAAAAACGCAGCAUAUUCUGGAUGGGAAAAGCAAAGAAACUACUGAACCCACAAUAAAUGAUGGUGAAGGAAAAUGUAAAUGUAUUCAUGUCUUUAGAUCUAUAAUGUGCAGCAUAAAAAUUGUUUUGUAUCUUUAACAGUUUUGUUUCCAACCUUGUUAAUAAAUAAA